AUUGGACUCCACUUGUGCAUUUCAGAGCAGGAAGCUCUGUCUGUCUACGUGCCUUUCACCUCGUACUACCUCUCAUCCAGCCUACAUCAGUCGGGCUCACAGAAAGCUGCGCUAUAGACAUCAGAGACUUCUACGCAACAACAGGUAAUUGAGAAAUCAGAAAAAAUGGUUGGAUUUUUCCAAAUGUUGAGAAAGAAAAAGGAGCUGAUUCCUCUGAUAGGGUUCAUGGCUUUUGCUGGAAUAGGAGCAACCUCGGCUGCUACCUACUUUCUCUUUACUAAAACUGAUGUUAUUUUGAAUAAGACCAGAAAUCCAGAACCAUGGGAGAAAAUUGACCCAUCAAAACCCCAAAAGCUCAUCACCAUCAAUCAGCAGUGGAAACCAGUGAAGGAGCUGGAGUAUGUGAAGAGCCUGACUAAGUAGAAAAAGAGAAUAAAGCAUCUUCUAGAAACAUCCACGGUCUGACCAGCUGCCUGCACCCCAUCAGUCUAACAGAAUCCUUUCUGCACAAACUAGGAUACUUUAACACUCAGUGUGCGGAAAUGCUUCUGCUCCACUGGUGGGGUUUCACCCGGCUCUGUAGUGACCCAGCCCAAGGACAUCCAUCCACAACAGUAAACAAAUAUGAUAACAAAUACUGAUAUUGCCAUUAAAUGAUAAUGUACAAAUGUACUUUGGGUUUCUGUGAUUGCAGCUAGAGAGCCAAACUAAUAUUAAAUAAGCUGGGGUGUUCAAUUGCUUUCAAAGUUGAUGUACUAUAGUGUAUAUUUUUGACCCAAAUGGUAACGAAGAUUGUAAUGUUGUACUAAUAAGUAGUGUACUGUGUAGUUUCAAAGAGUGUUGCUUUUGAUGUUAAACAUUCUAUAAAAGUAUGUAUACAGGA